CUCCGCCUGUGUGUCGCUCUUUUCGGUCCGGCUCAUCUUCCUCCGCCCGGUGCUUUUUUGUACCUUGCAGCCCACGUGUGGAUUUAAUUCGGUUUUUAUCCAUAAGUUUGGCCUUAAAAAUUUGGACCAAAUGUCGGCGUCUUUUGAGCAGAUGAGGGCGAACGUGGGUAAACUCCUGCGAGGAAUCGACAGGUAUAACCCAGAAAACCUUGCAACAUUGGAGCGCUACGUUGAAACACAAGCCAGAGAAAAUGCCUACGAUCUGGAGGCCAACCUGGCUGUCCUGAAGCUGUAUCAGUUCAACCCUGCCUACUUCCAGACUCAGGUGACGUCACAGAUUCUGCUGAAGGCUCUCACCAACCUGCCACACACCGACUUCACUCUCUGCAAGUGCAUGAUCGACCAGACUCACCAGCAGGAGGAGCGCCCCAUCAGACAGAUCCUGUACCUGGGGAACCUGCUGGAGACCUGCCACUUCCAGAACUUCUGGACGAGUCUGGAGGAGAACAGAGAGCUCAUCGAUGGCAUCACCGGUUUUGAAGACUCUGUCCGCAAGUUCAUCUGCCAUGUCGUGGGCAUCACCUACCAGACCAUAGAGCACCGGUUACUGGCUGAGAUGCUGGGAGACCCUCUGGACACACAGGUGAAGAUUUGGAUGAAUAAGUACGGCUGGACAGAGAAUGAGGAGGGACAAAUCUUCAUCUUCAACCAGGAGGAGAGCGUCAAGCCCAAAAACAUCGUGGAGAAGAUCGACUUUGAGAGUGUGUCGAGCAUUAUGGCCACAUCUCAGUGAUGCAAACACACACACGUGCAUAUACACACACACAUCAGCUGUUGAAGAUUUAACCAGGUCAUUUUGUUUUCAUAAUCACACUUUUCUCAAUAAAUGUAAUUUAUCCUUUCCA